UUGAAAGUCCAGUUCCACUAAAUGUCUCACUAAGAUGGGACACCCUUUUCCCAACUUAUUUAGGUGGAUCAAGACAAAGCAGUGAAUAUUUUACAGUACGAUUGUUGAGAAAAUGGUCUAUUUUUUUCUGGUUUAAAUGGUUAGCUUUUACUCUGAAUUCAGUUAAUGUUUUAGGCUUCUUUGCUAAGUCUAAAGUCUAGUUUCGGAAAAUCUGAUGUGCUCUUGCUCCUAUUUGUAGGGCUGCUAAAAAUAGGACCCUGCUGGCAACACAUGCGUGUCUAUGAUAGGCAGUUACGCAGAUUUCCUUCACAGACUCUGGCUCCAAAGCAACACUGACAACAUCUCAAUGGGGCUUUUACAUGGAUACCACCAUUGAAUUUUAGCCUUGAACCUUGAACAAGCUGUGGACGUGACUACGGAGUAGUUUUAUACUGCGGGUGAUACAUUUAGCUCGGAUUUUUACAUUUUUUGUGAAUUGCUACAGUGGGCGAUGACUUCCAGAAGGCCAAUGACUCGCUCUUUUUCUGGCAAUGGGAGGACAAGCAGUUUCAGUGAUGAGGAGAGCAGCUCUUCCAAUGGCCGUCCAGAAUCAAGCCGCAAUACUUACCUCUCGAAUGUUAGGCCUGAAAACAGCUAUUCAAGGUAUUCUCACUACAGACCAACGAGGAGCACCUUGUGCAGUGUCAUGGCUCAGCUGACCGAGGACAUACAGCCUUGCUUUGAAACCACCUUAAAAUCCAAGGCAGUGUCAGAAAACUGUAAUGUGAAGUUCUCCUGUGUGGUAACAGGUUACCCAGCUCCAGAACUGAAAUGGUAUAAAGAUGAUAUGGAAAUGGACCGAUAUUGUGGACUUCCAAAAUAUGAAAUUCAUCGUCACGGAAAAAUACACACCCUCCAUAUUUACAACUGCACAUUGGAUGAUGCAGCCAUCUAUCAGGUCUCAGCAAGUAACAGCAAAGGCAUUGUCUCCUGCUCGGGAGUUCUGGAGGUUGGCACCAUGAACGAGUUCAAGAUCCACCAGAGGUUCUUUGCUAAGCUGAAGCAAAAAGCAGAGAAGAAAAAGCUUGAAUUGGAGAUGCAGACCAAGAAAGAGGAUAAAGAAACCAAUCAGAACGAGAAACCACAGGUGAGCCCAGAACCACCUCCAAGGAAGCGACACAUCCCACCACCAGAGGAGAGUCCAGUGGUCAAGGAGCCUCAGGCUGUGGAACAACUGGGAGCUGCAGAAUCUAAUGGAGUUAGCUCUGAAGUCAACGACAUGUCCCUUGAGAUACCCAAAGACAGUGACCUUUCUUCCUUGUCCAAAAAGAAAAUAAAAAUCUCAAAUGGUGUGGAUGCUGGGGUUAACAGCAGCACUGGCAAAAGCAAUAUGAUGGGGAAUGGAGGUGAAAACUGUUAUGAUGGAGGAAUCAGUUUGGCACAAUUUUUGGCAGAGACUCUCCAGUCCCAGGAUGCUGAGGAAAAACAGAGCUCACCUCGAGGGGAGAAACCUAAAGAGAUGGAUAUACCUGUUGUAAGUGCAAGUAUAGAGAAAGAACGAGAGAAAGAACGAGAGCAAGAGGCGAUGCGAAAAGAAAGAGAAGAACAAGAAAGAGCAAUAAAGGAAGAGUAUGAGAGAGAGAAAAGGAGAGAAGAACAAUUGGCCAUAGAGAGAGAGAAAGAAUAUGAAAGGAUGUCGCGUACAGCACCCCACACAAAACAUGGUUCCGAGGUAAAACAUCACAGCAAGGCUCAUAAGGAUCAUGAGCACCACCACAUCCAAGCUUCCAUCUCCUCUAUGCUCCACUCAGUCAAAGACUUCCUCUUUGGUAAGACUAAGAAAGACUCUCAUGAUCACGCUGAGAAGGAAAGAGAGUUUGACCACUUGCUCGCUUCAGCACAGCCUCCUCAACCAGAAACACCACCAUCAUUUCGGCUGCAACAGGAGCAUAAUCAAAACUACAAGCCUCUCACAGAGGAAGUUGUGCCGAUGGAAAUGGAUAAACCAAAGGAGCCGUCGAAAACUAUGGAUAUAAAACAACAGUCAGUGUCACUACAACAUAAGCAUGAAGACGAUGCUCUACACACAGACCUGCCACCAGUUCAUAAAUUACCACCUGAGAGCGUGGAGGAGUUCACAGGGCAGAGUGUCAAGGUGGCUGAUGAUGCUGUGGAGGCCAUGGAGGUGUCUGUUGGGUCACAAAGCAGCAGGCCAGAUGAAGAAAGAUUGUUGUCCGGCCUUCGAGUUCUCACUGAGGCAGAAUCUCAGGUAGUCUCUGUUAUCGCAGAGGUUCCUGAACGCCAGCAAGAACCAGAGUGUCUGGUAGUUUCGGCACAGCUCAGUCACCAGGCUGCAAGAGAUGAGUCUUCACCCAGAGAAGAUAUAUCUGUCUUGUCACAGACCCAAGCCCCUUAUGAAGAAAAGUCCUCUCCCACACCCACCCUCACUAGUUUGGAAGAAACCUGGACUCCCCCCAGCACUAUUAUCUCAGCGUCAGAUAGCCACAGCCUUGGAGAAGCACCCACUGAAAAGUUGCGAGAAGAGGAGAUAAGUGUUGAUAAGAUAACCAAAGAUGGUGAAAAUGACACAGCGGAGGGCCGAACUUAUAACAAGUUAUGUGAGGAAGAGAAAGCUGAAGUGAAAUUAAACCAACAGCCGCACUCAGAUAUAAACAGAUCUGAGAUUACCGAAUUAACAACAUCUUCGCUGGAAGAGAGAAUAGAGCCACGUGAAUCUAAAACACCAGAUCAGGUGCUUUUACCUUUGCCUAGUGUGGCAGCAGACAGUCUAGAGAGAGAUCAUGAAAAAGAAGAAACAGAACAUACUUUACUGAUUCAGGAAAUGAAUGUAGGAUUUCCGCCCACUGCCACCCCAGAGAGUAUAGAGGAGGGUGACCUAAAAAUACCGCAAGAAUGCACCUCUUCUAUAGUAGACAAACUCACAGAAGUUUACAAUCCCAGUGUCAUGCAGAGUCCAAACUUAGGUUUAAGAAGCAGUGAAGAGAGAAGUGAAUUGAAAGAGGUAUUGAUUUAUGAUUUAGAGAAAGAUUUGGAAGUUAACAAUAUAAAAGCACAAGAGCCAGCAGUUUUAGGAGGUGAAAGCACUGAAGCAAAGAAUGAAAGUUUACCGUUUGAAGUGGUGACAGAAAAGUGGAAUCAAAUCACUGAAAAUGAGUUUGAUGAAUCAAAGAGUCUUUCAGUAACGCAAAACAAAGAAUUUAAUACUAAUGUUUCGGAGGAGCACAGUAAUGUUUUACAGCAAGAUGGCACUGAAAGAAAACAGGGUUGGCCCUCAGAACAUAUUCCACUAAUCCAAAUAUCUGCUAUUGAAGACUCCCCAGAUAUUAAACCAGCUGUGAGAGACCUAAAUGAACUUUUUGUAAUCCCAAAAAUUGAAAUAAUGGAGUCUGAGCUCAAAGAAUCCACUCUACCACUAACUAUUUUGGCAACAAACAAGCAAGAAUCUGAGCCUGUGAUUUUGCAAAAACAUGACGCAAGUCAUGUGUCAGCAGUAAUAAUUCAAGAGCAGAGCAUGGAUGAUUCUCCAAGUUUGUUACCCACGCAGAAAGGUAUGCAGAGUGAUUAUGCCUUCUCGCCUACGGAGAAAGUAAAGGAAGUUGCGCAAUUAGAUGACAAGACAGAAAUGUUUGAGCAGACACACAAUGAAAGCAGUAAACAGCUCCCUCAGACGGAUUUUGUAACAAUUCCUGUUAUAAGUGUUUCAUGUACUGAUGACAAGGAGGAUAUAAACACUAAUGUCGCAGAUACACCACAAGCAUUUGACACUCCAACUGUGCCUCUUUUUGUGGUGCCACCGGUCUCUGUUACUUGUCACGAAAGUGAUUCUCCACUGAGAUUGUACACUCAAAGUGAGACAACAGAAACAGAAACUUCAGCUGUCAUGCAAAGGGGAACAAAGCAUGACGCUGACAAUAAUAUGACCAUUAAGCACGAAAGAACUCAAAAUAGGAAACAGAACCAAGAAGAAGUGUCAGAAAAUAUAAGUAUGAAAGAAAACACCCCCUCUAUACUAUAUGAAGCUCUAAUACCAAAGGUUGGUGACAAUGGACCAUCAUUCAAUAAAACAACAGAAGACAUUGUCCCUGAAAUUUUGAAGAUAAAACCCCUCAAAGACGCCAAGGUAGAGAAUUCUUUGUCUUCUGAGGACCUUCAAAGAAACAGAUCUGUUGAGAGACUCUGCUCCAAACCCCCAACACACCCAUCCCUGAGUCCAGCCAGUCUCCGCAGAUUCAUGUCCAAAGCUGCUCCAGAUUCAGACAAUGAUGCUGUGACGACUGUCCCUGUAAUCACUGUGGGUGAUAAAGCAGACGAAGAUCUGAGUGGAGGCUCAACACCAACAUCAUCCCUCUCCUGUGAAAGCAGUCCUCGGCUGAAACGCAGAGACAGUCUGUCACUUAUACGCUCUGCCACGCCUGAGGAGUUGGCCUCCGGAGCUCGUCGAAAAAUCUUCAUCCCAAAACCUAAAGAAGAUGUAGAGGGAGCAGUGGUUAGUACGCUAGACACUCAAAGCAAGAAGGAGACCCCCUACUUGUCACCCAGCCAGGCUCGCAGAGCAGCACUACUUCAAGCUCCCACGGGACAAAAUACCCCACCGAUGGAGAGGCGCUCACCGCUGCUAAGCCGCAGAAAGGUCACUUUGGAGGUGCCAAAAGUUGUGGAGGAGACUCCCACAGAAGAGCCAGUCAGCACAAAGCAAGAGGAGAAACCAGCUGAAAAGAAGCUAGACCCUUUGAAAGCUCCACAGGUCAUCCGUAAGAUCAGAGGAGAGCCAUUCCCAGAUGCCUCUGGACACCUGAAGCUAUGGUGCCAGUUCUUCAACGUUCUAAGUGACUCCACCAUUAAGUGGUAUAGAGAUGAGGAGGAAAUUCUAGAGGUGAAGAGAAGUGGAGGAGAUGAAAGCCAAGUAGCCCUGGCUAUUGUUCUAGCAUCCAGCCAAGACUGUGGAGUAUAUGGCUGUUCAAUCAAUAAUGAAUAUGGGACUGACACUACUGACUACCUGCUCAGCGCUGACAUUCUGUCUGAGAUUCUGCUAAGAGAUGAUUUGGAAGUUGGAGAGGAGAUUGAGAUGACCCCACUGCUGUUCACCAAGGGCCUGGCUGACACUGGCAACUGGGGUGAAAAUUAUUUUGGUCGCAUCAUGACAGAGGCGGCGAACAUCGGGGAGGGUCGUGCUCACAAAGCCAGCAGAGUGAAGGUCAUUUAUGGCUUGGAUCCAGUCUUUGAGUCUGGAAGCACCUGCAUCAUCAAAAUUCAAAACCCCAUAGCCUACGGGACCAAACAGGAGAGCAACCUUGCAGAGAGAAAUCAAGAGAUCACUAAGCAAGAAUGCAAAGUCCAAAACGUGAUUCGAGAAUACUGUAAAAUCUUUGCCGCUGAAGCAAGAGUUAAUGAGAACUUUGGCUAUUCACUAGAAGUGAUCCCUCGGUAUCUGAUGUACCGCCCUGCAAACUCAGUGCCAUACGCUACAGUGGAGGUUGAUCUCGAGGGUGUCUUCGUCAAGUAUUGUACGAUGGAUCCUAAAGGCAAGCUGAUAACGCAAACAGUUUCUGAGGUGGAGCAGAAAUGCAGCACCUUCCAGCACUGGAUCCAUCAGUGGACGCACGGCAACCUGUUGGUCACUGGGCUGGAGGGUGUUGAAUCGAAGAUUACAAAUGUUAGAGUUGUGACCAAGUCAAAAGGAUACCAAGGACUAACGGAGCAUGGCUCCCCUGAAGUAUUCGAACAGUUCCUGACACACCAUCAGUGCAACUACUACUGUGGACUUCUUGGUCUACACCCACUUAAGACUAUGGAUAGUCUGCAGCAGCCCAAGAUAAAGGGUUCCAGGAGCCCCCUGCUCAACCGCAAGUUGGGCUCUGGCAGCCCACAGCUGCAGAAAAAAGGACAAAGCCCUCAGAUCUUAAGAAAGUCAAAUUCUAGCCCAAAGGUGACUAGAAAAGUUCAAGAGACAGAGGACAGUAAAAAUGGUGCCAAACCCAAGACAGCAGAAACUGCUGAUGUUCUAGAAAUUAGGUAGGAAAAAGGCGCCACUUCUGUGUCAAGCAAGAUUGUAUUGCUUUAAAUGGUUUAGUAUUACCUGUUAUUUCCAGUUACCAAAGCCAGCAAGGACUUGAUUAAGAUGAUUAAAAAACUAAUAGUUUGUUGACCUGACUUACAGUAUCAUUAGGAAUUACUGUAAAGAGACUACUGCCCUCCAACUACAUACUGUAGUUAAGAGGCUUAUAAGAAUGUUUGGAGUAAUGGGUGCAGUGUUAUUAACUUUAACGGUGUAAAAAUAAACACUGGACCACAUUAGAGUUGACAAAACACUAUUUAAUGGUUUAAAAUACUUGCCUCAGAGUCUUAUCAGCUCUAUGAGUGGACAAACAACUGAAAUCAUCAUCACUGAACCGUGUUUCACGCUGGGAAAAGUUUAGCUCUUUUGUGAUGAUGAUGUCAACAUGUUAGCGAUAUGACUGAAAGCAUCAUGAGGUAAUCUAUCCCUAUUAAAUGCUGCACGUUCAUCUGUGAUGUACAGUAUGUGUGAGGGCAUAAAGUUUUUUUUGGAAACGUUAUUUAUGGUUGGCAUUUGAACUGCUUAUGCAGCAUUUCUUUACACAGCAAAGUUGAGCUCAUGCUGUUGAAUUAUAGGCACCAUUUUUAGGUCAAAGAUGUGUGUGUGCACUUUGUUUUUGGUAUUACUUAUGAGUAGUUUUUGAGUACUUUGUAUCUGUCUGUGUCUUUAAGUGUUCAUUUCAGAAUAUCUAGGUGAUUGUCAUUGUCAAAACAAUAAGCAGUGUGGGGCUUACUGGAAAACUCUUUAACUAUUAUAUGCUCAUGCUCACUGACAUGUGAACACCCAGAUCUUGAAAACUACUAAUAGAGUCAUUUAGACCUGACAUACGCACUGUGGUAUAAAAUCACACUGAACAAAAUAAUCAAAAGAGUGGACUCCCUGCAUGCAAUCUGUGGUGUGUUUUUCAGAGCUGACAAUCACCUUUCACUGAAGAAGAGAGCUGUGGGUUUUGUGUACAGUUGGUCAGCAGUAACCAGACCAGUCUUGAGCAUUGCCUAUUCUUUUUAGUUUAUUUCUUUUUGUUGCAAAGCCAGCUUUGACUUGAAUAAAAAAUUAGAAUGACAGCUAUUCUGUUAUCUCAUGGGUUCACAAAGGUAUUCAUGGUUAAAUUGUAACAGGAGUCUACAAACAAUAAAGAACUGACAUUUCUGUUAAAGGUUUUUAGUUAAUGAUCAAUGAGAGUCAUCACCCAAAUGAGUCCAAAUAGCUGGUCUCCAACUUUAGCUGCCAUUACUUAACAUUAACAUGCCAUUACACUGUACAUGCAUGAUUGUUUAUGAUAGAAAAGUCACAAAAAAGAUGUUGAAAUGAGGUUGGAAUAUUGGCAUCAGCAGAUUACGGUGGGAACACUGUAAUGUUGAGUUGUUGUGUCAUGCAUUCCAACUGUUGUAUUUAUGUGUACAUAAAGUCAAAGCACUAAAUAUCUGAAGUAGCGUGAAGAAAAAUGUAAACAUGUGAGUGUGUGAGAGUGAAUCAAUGAAUGAGUAACUAAGGAAGACGAAUAAAUGUGUGUUUACAGUGUGUGCUGUCUUUGUUAUGUCACAUCAUGUGAGCUCAUGUUUUUUUUUUUUAAUAAAUGUGAAACAUUUGAGUCCAA